GAAUCCAGCCCCAUCCUUCGAAACACAGUCUACUGCCUAUUCGGUAUCCGGAAUCUGUGGCGCCGCAUGUACCGGAGUAUUUCGUACUAGCAGUGCUUCGGAAGGCUCCACAUCUGAUUUGAGGGACCGGAUGGGAUACCAGCCAAUCAAUGUAACACCACUUCAACUUCAUCUCGUCCUUUUCCGGAAACUCCUUGGUCCAAUCCGAGCCGCCACCAGCGGCGUGGCUGGGUCCUUAGCAUAUGUCGCGGUCAGCACCAUGGCAAAACCCCCCACUAUCGAAUACUUUCCCGAGCUCUUUCUCUUUUUUCUUUUUCUUUUUUUCAUUUUCUCUUUUUUUUUUCCUUCUAGCCCAGGCGCCUCUUCUGCCGGGGCCACUAUGUCGGCUUUUUUUUUUUUCUCUUUUCUUUCUUUUCUUUCCCCUCCCCUCCUCUCUUUACCUUUUUUAGUUUUUCGGGGUUUGAUUCGAAACGGUUGUAUGAGUCAAACGACCACAACUAGUAGGUCACGCUAAGCGGCAGCAUUGUUGAAGUGGAGAUCGCGCUGCCUUUUGCGACCUGUGACCUGAAUUCACUGAAGUCGUUGAAGCCGUUUUACUCUACGUGGUAGAGUUGGAGGGAAGAAGACAGCAAAGCUUCUUUGAACCCCCUUUGGCCCUGCUAGACACUUUCAUGCGUUUUCGU